CUCCAAGUUCGCUUGCUCGGGUUAUGUUGCGGGUGUAUGUUACGGUACAGGUUUUAGCCACUGAUACUGAAAUUCAAGCCUUUCCAACUUGCUGUAAAACAAGCCAAACAUGGCCGCGGGCCUUCCGCCAGUGCAGUACUCUAUCGAUACAGAUGCAGACCUGGAGACUCGGCUUGCUGGCAAGGGGCUGAAAGUGGUGGAGAUUUUCUCGGAGUGGUGUGGGCCUUGCAAGAGUGUACUACCCACGUUCCGGAGAAUUCGCCUGGACAAGGACGACGAGAACGCACUGCUGUUCCUCACGGUGUGCGCUGAGAAGUGCAACUUCCUUGAAACCGCUAAGGAGCAUCGAGGGAAGUCGGAGCCGCUGUUCCUGCUCUACAGGAACGGGCAGCUCAAGGCACGGAUAGAGGGUGCCAACACGCCAGCACUAAACCAGCAAGUGCUGUCAUUGACACCGGCGAACGCCGACGUUGAUGACCUAGAGGAGAACCCCAUGUACCUGGCCAAAAUGGAGCGGGAGCGCAUUGCCCGCGGCGAAACAGUGAAGGACGCCAAGGGGGCGAAGAAGGGCAAGAAGUGAGCAGCUAUGGGCUGACUGUAAGGUUGCAGCGGGGACAUGACCGCAUGGCUGUGGUGCGGCUGCACAACACAACAAGCAGAGUGCCGACAUGUUACAGUCGGAGGUGGGGAAGGCAUGGUGCGUGGCAUUUGGCACGAGGACAAGCAGACACCUCGACCUCACGUGGGCCCGAAAAAGGCGCUGCCGCCGGAACUAUUACGAGGGGCGAAGGGAAUGUGCUUGGACUAUGUCCGGAGCUGAUAACCCAGGAGCCUUUAUUCAGUGUGCACAUGGCAGCAGCCAUAUGCAUGGAAGGGAGCUGCGGAUGGCUUGAAAAUAUCUGAGGUGACGGCCCUGGAGGCCAUUGUGUGUAUCGGGCGUGUUGAGUGGUGGCGCCUGACAGUGACACGCCGGCCCUUCCAGUCGUUCGGGACCCCCGUAGCUGUGUCCUCGCCUAUAACCCUGAGGGAUAGACCCAGCGAGGCCAAAGUCAGGGGCCAGCAAGGAGGCAGAAAGCAAUUCCCGCCAUUGAAACAUCUUCACGG